AUGAGCGAUCUCCAAGAUUCGCGGAGAGACGCCAGCGUUUUCCGCGGAUCGUUCGUUCCCCUCCUCCUCCGCAUCCCCCUCGCGCUCAUCCUCUGCGCCGCUGUUCUUCCGCGCGCCUGCGGCGAUGCCCCCACGUCAUGUUCCGCCAGUCAUUCUCCCCCCCAUUCCCCUGCGCGAGGCACCUGUUCUGCCUCUACUGAUGCUGACGGCAUUCCCCGCUAUGCUGCGCCGGUGGGGGAAGCGCCAGAGGGAGAAGCGCCAGUAAAGGAAGUGCAUGUGGGCGGAAAAUCAGUCGGCGGAGAAGCGAGGAUUGGCGGAGCGGAAGGAGAUCCAUGGGAACGGUGGGGGAGCAGUGGAGAGGGGAGCGGAAGGAAGAUGGAGGAAGAGUUUGAUUGGCUGUUGGAUGAUGCUGACGAGGACGCGGAUGGGCUUUCACCUGAGGGCUAUCUGGCGGGCUGUAUGCUGCUGCAAGCAGCUGCAAAAAGAGAUCGGGCGGCAGAGAGAUUGUCUUGGGCGACACUGGCAGGGGUGCUGCUGCCGCCCGUGAGUCUGGCGAGGCCGCUGCCUCUCAUGCUGGAUGACGACCUGCGCAUGGAGCUCAGCUACAAGCCGUUGAUCGACAGGCUAGACCAGCAGUUGGAGCAGUACCAAGAUGAGUACGACGCGUGGCUAGACCAGCAGGUGCAGCAGUACCAAGAUGAGUACGACGCGUGGGUAAACGCCACUGUCAGCCAGUCUACCGCAGAUGACGCGGACUUGUCUUUUGACAGCUUUCUUCAAGCUGUCGCUGCUGCUCUCUCCUUGUCUCUGCCGCUGCUGCCCCAAGCCCCGUCGCCUUCAGCACCUGAGAGUUCACCUGACAAUCAACCUGCCGCUUUGGGGAUGGUGUCUAGAGAUUCAAUUGAGGUCUUCGCCAGCGAGGAUAUCCCGGUGCACUCUCCUCUCGUCCUCGCCCCAACGCCAAUGCCCACCGCUCCUACUCAACAAACAGAAACUGACGUGAAUUUUGCAACACUCCUACCUCCAUCUCCACCGCCUCUGCUCUCUAAUGACGAUGUUUACUUAAGCACUGGUACUGUUCCGCAGGACACGGCUUUCGACCGGGUCCUUCUUUUUCCCUCUCUCGCCCACACCCUCCGCUCCUUCUCUCUCGCGUUUCCCUCCACUGGCCUGCCCGCUAAACUGCCCGAGAAAGAGUUUCAGAAGAGGGCAGCGGCGCUGGAGGACCGUGUCGUUCGGGCAGUUCUUGAGGUGAAGAGAAAUGUUUUAAGCGCUGCCCGAGGGGUUGGAGGAGACACAGAUGGCAUGACGGGUGGCAAUUGGUAUGGGAUGGAGCGGAUGUGGUUCUGGGAGAUGCGACGACAGAAGCAGCUGGAGCACCAGAGGAAGAAGAAGGAAGGAGAGAAGCACCGGAUGAUGGGGAUGGAACAGGAGGAGAACAGCAAGGAGAACGACAAGGAAGAAAAGGAGGAAUCAGUGGCAGGGGGGGUGGAUCCAGAGGGGCUCUUUGCGUAUCCUGAAGGGCGGAUUGACCCUGAGCUCCUCUCUUUCCUCACUGCCCUCGCCUAUCUGCGCUCCACUGGAACAGGGCGGAUUGACCCUGACCUCCUUGCUUACCUCACUGCGCUUGCCUUUCUGCGCUCCAUUAGAACAGAGCCCGACCCAGCACUGGUAGCGCGGGUGAGUGUGGCAGUGGCGUGGAAUCUGGACGCCACCACCACCUGCACGCACAUGCCUCUGCUCUCCCUCCCCUCCCACCCGCUCCUCCUCCCCCUUUUCUCCUCCUCCUCCUCCUCCUCCUCCUCCUCCUCCUCCUCCUCCUCCUCCUCCUCCUCCUCCUCCUCCUCCUCCUCCUCCUCCUCCUCCUCGCCCAAUCACAUACCGCCACCUGUCACCAGCCUGUUACCAGCGCUGCGGGCGGCAGCAGGCAUGCUGAGGCGGCUGGUCGAGAAGCUUCUGGGCGGCUUCUCCUCGUCUGUGAGCGAGGAUGAGUUCAUGCUGACGUCAGCAGCCAUCUGCAGGCGCUACCGCGAUGCUGGGCGGCUGGACGAAGCCCCAUCUGGGGUAGGUGCUAUCUGGCUUCAUGGGGUGGGGAGUAGGUGUUUCCUGGUUGGCCCCAUCCAAAACCGUCGCCUCUGUCCCAACCACUCUCCCUUCCCCACCUCUCACCCCCCACAGCUCUGCCUACCGUGGUUCAUGGGAGCAUUAGAGGAGGUGCAGCAGGUGCUGCAGGUGAGGGCCAAUAAGAAGCGGUUGCUCAUCGACACCUCUGAUUGGCUGCUGCUCGCCUGCGACCCCAAAUACGACCUGCGAUUGGACGAGCCAGAGCCAGUGACUGCAGCAGCUGCUGAGAGCAAGAGGAGAAGAGGUGACGCAGCAGCAGAGGAGGAUGAAGAGGAGAGGAGUGAUGAGGAGAAGUUGGGAGUGUUUUUGGAGUGGGUGCGGGGCAGGGGGAUCCCUGACUUUGGCAAGCCGCGAUCCACCUUCGAGGUGCAUUUCCGCCCAGAGCCCAACAGCUCCCAUUCACCUUCUCUCAAAGCUCACGGGGAGUUUGCAGCCUCUUUGCUGCAGGCCAAAGCACGGUCCAGAAGAAGCAGCACCCUUUGCCAACCCUGUGUGGACCCUCUUUCCCUCUCGUCCUUCCUCAUCCGCCCCUCUUUCGCAUCUGUCCCCCCACUUUCAAUCUCCCCCACCCACUCAUCUCAACCCCUGAACGCAACCCAACCCCUGACAGCGGUGGCAAGCCAGUCCAAGCCGAAAGGUCAACUUCUCCUCGCCAUCCCUCACGCCCUCUGGGUGUCAACCCACACCAUGGCAGAAGAAGCAGCACAUUUUCCUUCUAUCGAGGAGCCUUUAAGUCAACUCAUAGAACUUUCUUGUCCUGCCUUCCCCCUCCCCAAACCCUGUCUCUUUCUCCUUCCCCCUCCCCAAACCCUGUCUCUUUCUCCUUCCCCCUCCCCAAACCCUGUCUCUUUCUCCUUCCCCCUCCCCAAACCCUGUCUCUUUCUCCUUCCCCCUCCCCAAACCCUGUCUCUUUCUCCUUCCCCCUCCCCAAACCCUGUCUCUUUCUCCUUCCCCCUCCCCAAACCCUGUCUCUUUCUCCUUCCCCCUCCCCAAACCCUGUCUCUUUCUCCUUCCCCCUCCCCAAACCCUGUCUCUUUCUCCUUCCCCCUCCCCAAACCCUGUCUCUUUCUCCUUCCCCCUCCCCAAACCCUGUCUCUUUCUCCUUCCCCCUCCCCAAACCCUGUCUCUUUCUCCUUCCCCCUCCCCAAACCCUGUCUCUUUCUCCUUCCCCCUCCCCAAACCCUGUCUCUUUCUCCUUCCCCCUCCCCAAACCCUGUCUCUUUCUCCUUCCCCCUCCCCAAACCCUGUCUCUUUCUCCUUCCCCCUCCCCAAACCCUGUCUCUUUCUCCUUCCCCCUCCCCAAACCCUGUCUCUUUCUCCUUCCCCCUCCCCAAACCCUGUCUCUUUCUCCUUCCCCCUCCCCAAACCCUGUCUCUUUCUCCUUCCCCCUCCCCAAACCCUGUCUCUUUCUCCUUCCCCCUCCCCAAACCCUGUCUCUUUCUCCUUCCCCCUCCCCAAACCCUGUCUCUUUCUCCUUCCCCCUCCCCAAACCCUGUCUCUUUCUCCUUCCCCCUCCCCAAACCCUGUCUCUUUCUCCUUCCCCCUCCCCAAACCCUGUCUCUUUCUCCUUCCCCCUCCCCAAACCCUGUCUCUUUCUCCUUCCCCCUCCCCAAACCCUGUCUCUUUCUCCUUCCCCCUCCCCAAACCCUGUCUCUUUCUCCUUCCCCCUCCCCAAACCCUGUCUCUUUCUCCUUCCCCCUCCCCAAACCCUGUCUCUUUCUCCUUCCCCCUCCCCAAACCCUGUCUCUUUCUCCUUCCCCCUCCCCAAACCCUGUCUCUUUCUCCUUCCCCCUCCCCAAACCCUGUCUCUUUCUCCUUCCCCCUCCCCAAACCCUGUCUCUUUCUCCUUCCCCCUCCCCAAACCCUGUCUCUUUCUCCUUCCCCCUCCCCAAACCCUGUCUCUUUCUCCUUCCCCCUCCCCAAACCCUGUCUCUUUCUCCUUCCCCCUCCCCAAACCCUGUCUCUUUCUCCUUCCCCCUCCCCAAACCCUGUCUCUUUCUCCUUCCCCCUCCCCAAACCCUGUCUCUUUCUCCUUCCCCCUCCCCAAACCCUGUCUCUUUCUCCCCAAACCCCGUCUCUUUCUCUCUCUCCCUGCGCUCAACUCGUCACCUCUCUAGGAAGCAGCUGACAGUGGUGGCAGGGCAAUCGAAGAAGAAAGGCCAGCCUCCAUCCCUCGCGCCCUCAGGGUGUCCACCCAUAUCAUGGCGGAAGAAGCAGCACCCUCUCGUUUUGAGAGUUCUCAAAAGCCACCCAUACCAUGGCAGAGGAGGCAGCACCCUCUCCUACUAUCGAGGAUCCUUUGAGUCAACUUAUAAACCUUUCUUGUCCUGGCCUUUCCCUCCCCUCCCCCUCUCUCUCUCCCUCUCCCCACUCUCAAACCAUUACCACUCUAGGAAGCAGCUGACAGUGGUGGCAGGGCAGUCAAAGAAGAAAGGCCAGCUGCUGCUCUCCAUCCCUCGGGCCCUCUGGGUAUCAACUGACCUUAUGGCGGAGGAAGCAGCGCCCUACGCCAACCCUGUGUGGACGCUUGCUGCCGGAGCUGCCUGGCUGCUUCGGGAGCAGGCUCGGGGGCGAGGCUCGGAGUGGUGGCCGUACCUGCAGAUCCUGCCGGCCUACGUGCCUCUGCCGUACCUGUUUGAUGCUGCCACGCUGGACGAGCUACAGUCACCCUCGUUUGUGGAACGCAUCCGCAUGGUGCGAGAGUACUACGAGCAACAGUACAAACUCUGCCGCCCGCCAGCCAUCGCCUUUGCCUCGCUCCACCAAUUCCUCUGGGCCCUCGCCAUCAUGAACUCCCGAGCCUUCUCCACUCCCGCACCUGGCCGCCGAACAUCCGCCGAGCCUCACACUGACAGCCACAGUGUCAACAGUGGCACGUCAGGCUUUCCUCAAGAUGAAGAGAGGGAGCAGGAGAGGGGGAGGGGGGGGAUGUUAGAGCAGCUGAUGGCUCUGCCUGCGUCUGAGAGGCGACGGUUUGUGGGGGAGCCAAUGGCUCUGGUGCCCAUUGCAGAGCUGAUUGAUCAUCACCACCCGCACAAUGCACAAUACAAGGUGUGUGCGCCGUUCUAUAAGCUUAUGUUUGAGGCGCCUCCCACACGGUUUGUGGGGGAGCCCAUGGCUCUGGUGCCCAUUGCAGAGCUGAUCCACCACCAGCACCCGCACAACGCGCAGUACAAGGUACAUGCCAGCGGUUUUGACUUCUACGCCAGGGAAGAGGUUCAGCGCGGUGCAGAGCUUUUCACAGUGUAUGGGUACAAGCCCAACCACCAUCUGCUGCUGGGAUACGGCUUUGUUCUCGAUGACAAUCCCUAUGACCACGUCCGGCUCUUCCCGAACCUCUCCCGAGCCAUCCGAACCGUAGCCGCGGUGGUGUACCACCAGGAGGGGCAGGAUGUGGGGAGAGGGAUGGGGGGAGGGAGAGGUGGGGAGGUUCGUCCGGGGGAGGUGGAUCUGAGGGCGGGCUUGCGCCGAGUUUGGGGCACAGGAGACCCUUUGCUGCUUCCAAGAGACGAGGAAAAGGCCGUGGGAGGGAAGGGGGGAAUGGGAGGUAAAGAGGGUGUGGGAGGAAUGUUGGGCGUGGGAGGAAAGGGAGGUGUGGUGCAUGUGAUGUGGCAGGCGGCAGCAACAGCGGUGGGUGAAGUGGUGAAGGCUCGAGAGCCUGGGGGGACGUAUGCUGAAGGGAAUAGCUUGCCACAGCUGCAGCUGCGACAGCGGAUAGAAAAGAGGAGUGCAAGGGAAACGAGGGGGAUUAGAGCGGAGCAUCGUAGUGGCACAAGCACAGAGCAUACAAAAGAGGUCCUUGUAAAGGAGGUGCUUGUAAAGGAGGUGUUUGUAAAGGAGGAGGACGAAGGCGUGGGAGUGUCUGUGUGGGCGGGCGGCAUAGUGGAGCCAAAUCUGCUUGCUGCCCUCGCUGCCAGCUGGCACGCCGUCCACGUGUCACAACUUUUUGAUACAAUCUCAACCUGCCUGCUCUUUCCCGCCCCACCUUCUCAACCUGCUGUUUCCUCCCGUCCUGUCCCCACAGGCCCAGCCACUCCAGACCCAGACUACACAUGCCUGGCCGGUGCUGCCUCCUCUAUGGCUGGGCCCUCUCCACCUCGCUGCCCAGCCACUCCAGACCCAGACUACACAUCCCUGGGCGGUGCUGCCUCCUCUAUGGCUGGGCCCUCUCCACCUCCUCCUUUCACCACCUUCUGCCAAGCGCCUCUUCCUUCAGGCGUCUCAACACUCUAUCUCUCCCUGCUGUUCCCCUCCAUUCCUUUCCCCAUGUGCAGCCUCCCCUGA